AUGAGUCUGCGAAAGAUCCUCGGAGGAUCCGGCCGGGUUAAGAAGCCUUCCGCGAAAAGACCAUCCACAACCUCCUCGUCAUCAUGGACGGCAUCUCUUCCCCGAAGCAAGCCAGCAGCCAAGCACACAGGCAAGACUACCACCACCACCACCUCGAAGGGUGACGACUACGACGACGACUAUGAUUUGUUCGACGACAAGCUCGAUGACCAUGGCCUCGUCCGCGCGCUCGCCACCGACCUCAACCUCCGCGACACCUCGCAGGCGAUCCACUACAUCCGCGCCCACAUGUUCUCGCCCGUCCCGGAGCAGGCGGCCGGCAUGGGCAGCGUCAAGAUCAGCGAGGUCCUCAACUUUAGGAAGAACCUGCCCCGGAUCGUCAGCGUCUCGCACAUCCAGGCGCUGCUGACAUGCUCGCCCAGCGCCGUCGAGCGCGAGAUCGCCGAGCUCGUGAGGUCUGGGUUCCUGCUGCGCAUCGUGGUCGCGCGCAGGGGCGACAUUGGCGACACGCUGCUCCUCGCGACCGAGUUUGCGCAGCUGGUCCAGGACUCGCCGUCGCUGGGGGACGACACGAAGGCCAGCUUCCUCGCGCAUCUCAGGCAGAACCCCGGUCGACAGACGAUCGACGCCGGAUCGUGUCUCACCUCGAAGGACGUCGACCAUCUGAUCAAAUGCGGGUUUUUGACCAGCCACCACAUCGGGGCGACCAGCUUUGCCUCCAUGUCCGAGACUAUGAACUUGUACUCGCGCCCGGAAGACAAAGGCACGCUGACGUCUCUGGAGGUCGUCUCGCGGCAGGCCACGGGAUCGCUGGGCGCAGUGGGUGGGCAAGCAGCCGUGUACAUGGCUGGCGGAAGCGCCGGCGGCUCAUCGCAGCACCACCACCACCACCACCACGGCGCCGCCGCCAGCGCAACAGACUUGAAGCUCGCCGUGCCUGGAAACGGCACGUUCCUGAAGCUCGUCUCGUCUGCGCUCGAGCACCUGGUCGCACUGCUGACCAAGGCCAACAGCAAGUUCCGCGAGUUGCCCGAGUCGGUCCUGCGGGACCGCUGGGACGGCGGGAUCUCCAAGGACGAGCCGCGGUACGCGGCCAAGCGGUCCCGGCGCGAGUUCGCGGGGAUCUUGCCAGGCCAGACGAGAAAGUGGCGCCAGUUCGACGGCCUGGCCUUCGACUGGGUGCUCCAGGAGGCUGUAGGGUCUGGGCUCGUUGAGGUGUUUGAGACGGGAAGUGUGGGGAGGGGUGUCCGUGCUCUGUCGGGCAGGUGA